AUAGAUUUUACCGAAGAAGAGAGAAACGUUUGGCCCUCGAAUAGUAGUUUUGCUUUUCCAUGUUCUAUAUUCUUAUUCAUAUCGACAGUAUUUUUGCUCAUAGUGGCAUAUUUAGGAAAACAUGAAUGAGGACAUUUUGACCACUCUGAAAAUACUGAUCAUCGGAGAAAGUGGAGUGGGCAAAUCCAGUCUUCUUUUGAGAUUUACAGAUGAUACAUUUGAUCCAGAAAUUGGUGCAACAAUUGGUGUAGAUUUCAAGGUGAAAACCCUGGCUGUGGAUGGAAACAAAGCAAAGCUAGCAAUCUGGGACACUGCAGGUCAGGAACGUUUUCGAACUUUAACACCCAGUUACUACAGAGGAGCUCAGGGUGUCAUUCUGGUGUAUGAUGUCACUAGGCGAGAGACGUUUGCUAAGCUGGACAACUGGUUGAGUGAGCUGGAUACAUACUGUACAAGAAAUGAUCUUGUCAAAAUGCUCGUUGGAAACAAAAUCGAUAAGGAAGACCGUGAGCUAGAGCGGGAAGAGGGUCUGAAGUUCGCUAGAAAACAUUCCAUGCUUUUCAUAGAGGCCAGUGCUAAGACGAGAGAUGGUGUUCAAUGUGCAUUCGAGGAGCUGGUGGAGAAAAUCCUGCAGACUCCAGGCUUGUGGGAGAGCGUGCACAAGACAAGAGGAGUUGCCCUGUCAGAACUGUCUGAAACCGGUCAAGGAGGCUGUGGAGCAUACUGCUCACUUCUGUAACACACAAACUGCUGUUUAAACAGUGCAAGAUAAUGGAGAGCAGACAGGAAACGGUCCAGGAAAGAGAGGGGUAGGGAUCAGUAAAGGUCCUCGAGUCGGGAUUCGUACUCGGAACGCCUGUAGCGCAACAGGUUUGGCACACUUGCCCACGAGGCUAUGAGCACCGACAUUCACAUCAUUUUCAUGCAGAAUGUUUGUUAUUAUGUUAAUGUGUAAAAAUGUGAUUCAUCUCAUACAUACAGAAUGUGUUUGGCUUAAUUAAUCGCUAAUAAAGUU